AUGGCAACCGUGGCGGCGGCAGCUACGAGGGCGAGUCGGAUAAAACAGAGAAUCCUGCUUUAUUGUAUGAAUCCCAGCCCUAUGAUACAUAAUACCUUCAAAAGCUCACCACAGUUUUUUUUUUCUCGGUCACACAGCAUAUGCGAUAUCCAGGAAAAGUUCCGCGGUGUUAUCUAUGAGUUUCCGAAGCUCGUCUCCACCUCCCAGAAGCUCCUCAAAGCAAGCACACACCUCAACAUCCCCGUGUACGUGAGCACGCAGAACCGCGCCCGUCUGGGCGAGACCGUCGCCGAACUGCAGCCCUUCCUGUCCGGGCCACACGUGCGCGCCGACAUUGAGAAGACGCUCUUCAGCAUGAUCACGCCCGAGUUACGGGCCAAGCUGCCCGACACGAGUUCGACGUACAGCAACAGCAGCAGCACCAGCAACGCCAACGAAACCACCCCGCUAGACGCCAUCAUCGUCGGCCUCGAGACGCACAUCUGCGUCACGCAGACGACGCUCGACCUCCUGGCGCUGGGUUACAGGGUCUACGUCGUCGCGGACGGCGUCAGCAGCGUCAACCCCGAGGAGCGGCUGGUCGCGCUCGCGCGGCUGCGUGAUGCCGGGGCCAUCAUCACGACGAGCGAGAGCCUCAUUUUUGAGAUCCUUGGGGAUGCGAAGCACGAUGCGUUCAAGGCUAUCAAUGGCUUGGUUAAGGAGACGAAGGAUGAGACCGAGGCUGCGCUGGGGGCGUUUUGUAGGAUUUAG